AUGAAGAUCCAUAACAUCGGGGAAGAGUCCAUCCACAACAUAUGCAGCAGCCAAGUGAUAUUCACGCUAAGCAGUGUAGUAAAAGAGCUAGUGGAAAAUAGCAUAGACGCAGAUGCAACAGAGAUAAAGAUAAAGCUAGUCGAAAAUGGGAUCAAAUUAAUACAAGUUAAUGACAAUGGAGCAGGAAUUAAAAAGUCCAAUUUUGAAAACGUGUGCGCCAGACAUGCCACGUCAAAGAUUACUCAAUUUGAAGAUAUACACAGCUCCUUAAAUACAUUAGGGUUCAGAGGAGAAGCAUUAAACUCCUUGUGUGUGUUAAGCGAUCUAAACAUUGUAACAAAACAUGAUGAAAGUAGCCACGGGUAUUUGCUAAAAUUUGAUAGCCUGGGAAGACUAAGUCAUGAAGAACCAAUGGCACGAUUGAGAGGAACAACAGUAAGCUGUGAGAAUAUUUUUAAAAACAUCCCCAUACGGAAGAAGGACUUUAUAAAAAAUAUAAAAUCGCAGCUCUCCGAUUUGCUUCUCCUUAUGCAACAGUACGCAAUUAUCUACUGUCACGUUAAGUUUUCCAUUCACAACAUCGUCACGGUGAAGGGGAACGUGAAGAAUAUGAAUAUGCUAUUAACAAACGGAGGGAAUGAAACUGUUAAGGGGACUGUUCAUACAAUAUAUGGGAAAAAAAGCGUCGGCAAUCUUCUCGAUUUCGAUAUAGACUCAGAAGAGUGGAAGAUCAGGGCAUACAUAAGUGAUAACAAUAGUGGCAGGAGAGAUAGGGACAUCCAAUUCUAUUACAUUAACAGUAGACCAAUACAUGUCCUAAAAAAUGUCAAUAAGAUUAUUAACUCCAUUUACAAAGAAUUUAAUAGUAAGCUGUACCCCAUCAUCAUCUGCAACAUCCUCUCCGACAACAAAAAUUUCGAUAUCAAUGUGACUCCAGAUAAGAGAGAAGUCUUCUUUAUUUACGAAAAUGAGUUGUGUGAGAAGAUCAAGAUAUCCUUAGUUAAGUUGCUCACUGCGAAGACUAGCCAACUCGUCGAUACGCACAUCGGGGAUUAUUUUUUGAAGGCUAACAAUAUAGAGGUCUCCAUGUUGGGUGACUCCUCACAUGGGAGGGGAAUGCCUCUCAAAGCUAAGGAAGAAGAUACGAUCGCAAACGGGGGAUCAACGCCGCCAGAGAUCCUGCCCAGCGAGGAAUCCCACGGCGGAUACUACCCAAGCGAACCGAUUGGACGUGCCCAAAAUGGGAAAAAGACAGCACCUUCCUGGGAAGAUGCUUCAACAGGGGAAAGCUUCCCCGAGCGGGAAAGAGGCAUUACUGGGGGAGUCAAGGAGGAGCUGCCUAUGGGACAGCAGGGCCUCCCAAAUGGAAACCACGGAGGUGAUCCAAUUGGUGAAGCUGGUGAAACUAGCCAAGUUGACCAAAUUAGCCAAGUUGACCAAAUUAGCCAAGUUGGUGAAACUAGCCAAGUUGGUGAAACUAGCCAAGUUGGUGAAACUAGCCAAGUCGACCAAAUUAGCCAAGUUAGCCAGAGGGACCAUCAACAUCCUGAUGUGUGGCCGCCGCAAAUUUCCGACGAUGACGAAUCGAGGGGAAGAGGCAGGUUCACAAGAAGUUCGCAACGCCAUGUCUGUGUCCGAGUGAAGGAGGAGCACCCUCAGCAAGAGAAACCUCAGCAGGAGCACCUUCAGGAAGAGCGCACUCCCACCUUUCACUCCAGUGAGCAAUCUUUUGGCACUCCUGUCGCUAGUGGGCAGAGUAGAUCUCCUGAGCAAGUGGACCUCCCGAGCCGUUAUCAUCUCGCGGGGCGCGCACGGAAGGGCUCGGAAGUCGAAGGGUCCCUUUCAAAAAAAGACGUUCAGGGGGACUCUCAAGAGGAGGAGGUACCCACAGUGGAAGCGUACGAGUACAAGUUGGAGGGCGUCCCGACUGAGGAAGUAUGCCGUCCGGAACAUCACCCCAAUUCUCAGGUGUAUGAAUACCAGCGGGGGGACGGUUCGACGACGCAGGGGUGCAAGCUGGAAGAUUACCCUAAAGUACGUUCAUUUGAGUAUAAGUUGGAAGAUUCGACUCAGGUGCGCGCCCAGGAGUACCAGCUGGAGGAUCCGCCUAAGUCUGACUCGUACGAGUGUAAAAUGGAGAUGGGUGAUAGCAGCCCCCACUACGAAAUAAUCCGCACAGAUGGUGACGACUCUGUUGAAGGAGGAGAACUCCAGCCGGAAAGCCAACCUGAAGAAGGGAGCCACAGCCGCAUUGCAGAAUCACCCAACUUAGCCGACUCACCCGACUCACGGGACCCUCCCGACUACACCUUCGAAGAUUUAAAAGAGAACAUAAAACAGAGUUGUAUCAAGACAAUCCCCAUAGACAUCAACAUGUAUAUCAACAGGGAACAGAUGAAGAGCGGGUUCGAUUAUGAUCAGAUCCAUGUUGUCACUUUAACAAAUAGCGAAAAAAUUAAAAACAUAAUUUUUCCAAAGGAGAAAGAACAAGAAAAGGCGAACAACUACCUGUGUCUAACUGAUGAGGAGGAAGUCAGUGAGUACGCCGAUUUGUUUAAUAGCAGCCUGAGCAUCAAGGAGGCCGCUGCGAUGGAGAGCCAGGUGAAAAGCGGCUCCGGAGGAGGCUCUGGUGAAGACAUCAGCUUUAGCAACAUUGACGAACGGCAAAGGGAUUUAUAUUUUAAGUCCAACUUGUUUGAAAAACUUAAAAUCUGCGGGCAAUUCAACAAAGGGUUUCUCAUCUCCAAAAUUGACCUAUUGUACUUUAGAAGUGCUCGUGGAGGAAACGUGGCAGAUCUGGUAGGGUCUGGGGGAGAGGAAGUCGAACCAAAGGGGAACAGCAGCUACGCCCUGUUCAUUAUAGACCAGCAUGCUGCAGACGAGAAGUCCAAUUUCGAAAAAUACAACAAAAUAUUCACGAUGAAGUCGCAGAAGUUGAUUAGCAAAAUUGACUUGGAGUUGAGUCCUGCGCAGAUUUAUAUCAUCGAGAAGAACUUGGAGAUAUUUUUGCACAAUGGGUUCGACGUGGAGAUUGUGGAGGAGCCCGCUCAGAAGAGGAGAAAGCUGGAAGGGGCCGACUCGAUCGAUGCCACAGAGGUGACCGACGUGACGGAUGCGAGGGACGCGGGGGAAAGCGCCCUCAUGCAAGUGAAGGUCUACUUGCUGUCCCUACCCGUGUUCAACGGGAAGAUUCUGGAGGUGGAAGAUUUUAUGUCCCUGCUGCACCACCUGACAGAGCACCCGAUAACGUACGACAAGGCCAGUUUCCAGAUGUUCAUACGGAACAGGGGCCAACCCAAUAACAAGACAGACACCUGGUUUAACUACAACUUCCCGCGCCCCCAGAGGGUCUGGCGAAUCUUGGCCUCCAAAGCCUGCAGAAACUCCAUCAUGGUCGGGAAAACCCUAAACGUGCCCGAAAUGAUCAAGAUUAAGAAGAAACUUAGCGUGCUGAAGAACCCAUGGAACUGCCCCCACGGCAGGCCGACCAUCAAGUACAUCAUAAACGACAUGGACAUAAAAAGCUGCUUCCAAAAUUACUACCUAAAGCUGUACGACGAAAUUACAAAUCUUAUUGUGACGAAGAAUUACGAUGCGUACAAGUAUCUCUUCCACAACCACGCCUUCUUUUUGAUUAUGUCUACCAAGCCAAUGCUCGGCCCGGUCCUAAAGUUUCAGUGA